CGCUCCCGUCUCCGUAUUUACCUGCGUAUAUUCACGAGGCAGAGCAGAGCAUAGGUACAUAGCUGUUGAGCUGAGCGAACUGCGAUUUGCGAACGAGUCCGACUCGUCGAUAGAACAUGGCCGAAAUUCACUCGUUGUAAGCUAAUUCAAACCAGUCGUGCAAACCUUUCACCUCGUGCUUGGCGUAGUGCGGCAGCAACGAGUUUCCACCGAGCAUGUGAAACGUCGUUGUCGUCGCUUUGCGUCUUAGCUUGUUUUCGUCAACUCUCGUCGUCCAUCGCUGUGUUUACCUCAUUUAGACAGACUCUAUCAGUGUAUUUUUACUAUCGGCGCAUACGUCUAGUUACGCUGCUGUCUAUGUGCGCAUACACGGUCCUCGUGAAGUACGUCUACGCACGUAUGUUUGUAAAUUCCUAGUUACGUCCUAAUGUGCAUGUGAGACAGAUUACAUGUGCUUUGAGUUAUUGACGCCUUCGCCAGGGCAUAGUAUUAGUAAGCAGCAGCCUGACAGCAUCGUCCAGCAACAGCAACAGCAUUUCAGUAACACAUGCAAGCACGCUCGAGUCGACUGACAUAAAUUAACAUAGUAAAUUGUCAACGAAAAUCACGCAGCAGAGCUACAACGACAGGGGCCCAGGCAGUGUCGAGCUGCCGUCUCGAUGUAUCGGAACGACGAGGAAAAUCAGAAGCCGCGACAGCCAACCAAACCUCAACGCAGACCGAGUCGCUCGUCGAGUCUCAGUGGUACGAGUUCGUUGUCAGCGUCACCGAUGCCAUUUUCCAGCGAUCAGGCCUCGACUCUUUGUAAUCGAAAAUUCUACCAAGACUCAGCCAGGCCGAUACUCUGACGAUAGCUUGCGUGUUUAGCUUAGAUAUCUAUAGACACUUAUUUUUGUAUCUCCUGCUCUCCCUGUUUACUCGAAUACGUGCUUGAACGUGUGUCUCAACGACGUGUUUGAAUUCAACAUGGUGAAAGUCGUCGUGAAUAGCUAUUGUGCGAUGAUUUUUUGCACAGAUGUUAAUUUAUGCAGCAAAGUCUUGACAGAUGGUUCUAAUGCUGAGCUCUGGAUCUGGAGGAAGACUUUUUGCUCAAGAUUGUUCAAAACUUGAAGCUACUAUCAAAGCAUUUGAUUGGGUUUUAUUAAAGAGUGCCAAGCUCGUUUCAUGAUUAUUGCAGAUUCUAGAAUACUCUACAACUAUUAAUGAACCACAACAGUUACAUGAAAUGAUAAUAAAAAAAUUUAAAGAAUACAAUAACUGAAACAAUAUGCUUCAGAGCUGAUUCCAUUUUGAAAUGCAGUAAUCACUAGAAUUUGUAUGCAAUCUUCAAUCAUGAUGGAAACUGGCACAGACUAUGUCCUGCAAUGGCCAGGGCACCCCACAUAUGUUACUGAGAGAUUUAGCGGACUUUUUGCAAAACAAAAAAUGGUUGAUCUCACACUUAUAUGCGACGAUGAAAAACUAAAAGUUCAUAAGCUUGUAAUGGCAGCUAGUAGUCUUUAUUUUGAGGAAAUAUUAGAAGGAGACCUGGGUGAUGAACCAGUAAUAUUUUUUAAGGAUUUAGAAUUUAGUAUACUGAAAGCCAUGAUAGAAUUCAUGUAUUGCGGUGAAACCACAGUAUCCCAUGUAAAUUUGCCAUCCUUGCUGAAUGCAGCUAGAUUAUUUAAAGUUAAGGAACUAGAAUCUUUAGUUGAAAAGAUGGUUGGGCCAAAUGCUCAAGAUCAUAAUGACAACGAAAAAGAAUAUCCGUCUAAAGAUGUAAAGCGGUUGAACUGUUUAGUCAGUAAUAGUGACAAUGACAUUCGAAUGAGUUUUGUAAAUACUCCACGCAUUAACGAUGACACUGGUAAUAAUAGUGAAUUUGAAUCAGAACCAACGUACUUUGAAGAUAGUAAUAGUGAACGUUGCCUUUAUGAUGACCCUAAUAUUCACUUGAAUGGUGACAUUCAGCAUAUCUCAACAGAGUCCAGUGAAAAUUCUUCGUCUUCUUCUUCGUCAACAAGUUUGGAAUGCGAAAAAGAACGUUGCUGUGAUUUUGUGGCCAAUGGAGAAAUUAGUAAAAGCAAUAGUUUUGAUGAAGAUAUUAAAAGGGUAGGACAAUGUUCUCGAGUUUACACGCACAAGCGACGUAAACUCCGUAACGGAGUGAGCUCUACUUCAAAUAAUAAUAUCAAGCGAAACUCGUCAGAUAAAUCGUUUUCCACGCCUCAACCUCAUCUAGUCUCAGGCAGAAUAGAUCUGGAAGAAGAGUUUUCGAAUGAUGAAGGACCAGUGACCCUGGAAACGAAUCUCGAUAACGAAAGUUCUGACUACACAAUGACUUUCAGUAAUGAAAGCAUCCAAUCAAUUGUAGGGUGUUCGAUCAGCGAUUUUUGUAGGUCUAAUAACAUGUUUGAAUUAUUAAAUGCACGUACAACUAUCACAUCAAAGUGUAGUAGCGAAAGUACAACAGAAGAUACAACAGAAGACGCAGAAGAAGACGAUGUCAUAUCUCCAAGUGCAACUCCAGUGUUAAGGCGGAGCGUCCGCUUGCAUCAACAAGAAAACGAAGAUAAUCAACCCCGAAGAAAACGGCUAAAGAAAGGUCAGUUGUCGAGCAAAUUAAAGUUACUACGACGCAAUGAAAAACGUAAAAAUAACGAAAGACGUGUACCCGAUUUACAUGCACCGUUCCCAUCGAGAAAAUCUGUCGUAUCGAGCCGUAAACAUUCCUCAUCGCGCAAGGAAACAACAACCAAGCCAAAGACAUUGAUACCAAACGAGCCUCCUAAUGAAACGACGAGAACAACUUUAUCGUCAUCUGUGAGUCGAGCUCUUUGGGGUGACAGGUCAGACAUUGCUGAAGACGGCAGUGAUCCCAACGAUGAUGGCAUUGAUGGUCUGGAAUAUUCUCCAAGCACUGAAAUACCAUACGCUGUUGGUCUCUUGCCACUCCGGGCUGCUCUUGAGAAGCUUCAAGCAACGCCGGAUCACCAACCAAGAAAAACAAGGUCAUCCGUCGCUGCGAGUAGUUUGAACAAGACCUACGAAAAUCACAAUGGACUGAAGCGGAAGUUUUCGCCGAUACCGAAAAAAGCACCGCUUCAAUUACCUCAAGUACAAAAAUUACAAGAAGAACAAGCACCUCAGGUUCCUCCGGAGAAUGAAUGUAGUAAAGAAAAUGUGCAAAGAAAAAUUCGUGCAAUGACACCUUCUACUUUGGCAGUUACGUCAAGAAUUACAAAUAUGAGGCAGCGUAAGAGAUCUCUGUCGGAAGGCGCUAAAAUUUUGGAAGAUAUGACAGUUGAUAAUCAAAGCUCUUAGUUUAAUUAUUCAUUUCUGUGAAAAGUCACUUGCAAUUCAUUUACAAACAGUUGAUGAGCAAUCUCGUCAAAUCUUUUGCCUGGAAAAGAUAUUUCGAAAAGUACCUAAACUUGAACAUACAUUUAAAUUAUUUAUAUAAUUAGUUCAAAUGGUUCAAAUAUAGCAAUAUUUUUGGUUUGAAUACUCUAAUGUCUCUCAAAGCAUUGUUUACACUGAACUGUGCUUGAUCCAAGCCAUUUUGGAAGAAGUAUAUUUUCAAAAUUCAAAUAAGAUGCUUAAAGGUAAUCUUUAGUACUUAUAAUUACAAACCAAUAAUUGCUUAUUUUCUGCAUGAAAUAUAAGUACAAAGCAGUACAAUGAAUUUCAUAAAAUUAAUUUGAUCAGUAUUAUGAAUAUUAUUGGUGAUACUAAAAAUAUAAAUGAAUUUUAAAAUACGUUAUAGAGAUCAAACUUGAAAACUUUUUUAGAUUAAAUCGAAGUUUAUACUUCCAUUUCCAUUAGUCAUCAAUUUAUUUAAACGAUCAAGAAUAUUUUGCAUGAAUGAAUAUAUAUGGUGCCUACUUCGAAUUAAUACUUUUUCCAAAAGUAAUGCUAUUUGAAUCAAUGGCAAGUAACGUUUCAUUAAAAAUUCAUAAAUCAUCAGAUCAUAGAUCAGGUAACUUGAUGUUAUUGUAAUAAAAUUAAAAUUUUGCAAGGAGAAUAUUUCUAAAUAGAAACACCAAAUUUUACACGUUCUUAGAGCUGUAUGUAUGAUGAAUCUAUACAUAUUAGAAAAUAACUCGAUUUAACUGUUAAUGAAAUAGUUUCCAGUUUCUAAGAUAUUCUUAGCUUUCAAAAUUUUAAAUGUAACUCAAAGCAAUGUUUAAAUUGAACAAUAUUUGAUAAUGUUCUUCAACUAUAAGGUGGCUUUUUGUCAUCAAAAUGUGAUGUCAUUUUUACACUUAGAGAGGAUGAUAGGUAAAUCCUCAUGUUUCAUUAAACUGUUCUACUUUUUGAAGAUAUCUUAUAACAAAGAGUGAUAGUAUAUAAAACAUAUACCAUUCGAUACUAUUCUAGUAGAAAUGUGGCAAAGUAAAUUGAUAAAUACGUACAGAGUCCCAUGAAAUUUUGGUGUUUAAAAAUUAACAAUUGUCUUUUGUUUCAAAACAAAUAUUUUGUAUAUGGUCUCAUCUUGUCACUAUUCAUAUAUCCUAAUUAGCAAUAAGUUUCUUUGUAUUGUAAUAUAAUUUCUUGAUUGAUUUUUAACAAGAGGUCAAAAGGUUCUUUAAGUCAUAUUUAUAUUUGUCAGUCUGGAAAAGUUUAUAUUUUGAUUAAUUACAAGAAUAAUUAUAAAAAAAAACAUUGGUUUCUAAUAUUUACAACGGUUGUUUCUAAUAUCCAAGUUUUAGUACUCCUCUUGUUUUAAUCGCAGAUUUCAACCAUAUAAACACAAUAUGGUGAGUCUAUAAUUGUUUAUAGUUUUCAUUGUAUUUAAUGUACAGUCAUCUGAUUUCAAAAUCAUGAAUGUGUACAUUUAGUUGUAUAAAAUUGGAUAUUUUGAUUUUGUAAAAAUCAAGCGUGCAAUGUACAGCGCUUUUAUGUAUUAUAGCAAAUAUUCUACAAUCAAUGUAACAUUAAUUUUAUUCUAUAUAAUAAUUUUGAUUAUAAGCUAUUAUUGUUAUUAAAUUUAUCAUCAUCACAGUGUAUAAAAGUACAGAAAAAUGUUAAGAAUAUUUUUUUAAUAAAAUUUUAUAUCACUCUAA